AUGACGGCCAAUGUCCACUCAGGGCUCACAUAUGUUAUCACGAACGUCAAGGCUGGGACGGCCAUUGAUCUGUCCGCAGGUGACAAUCAUACAGUCACCGGGUGGGCCACUCAUGGCCACACAAACCAACAGUGGACUUUGAACUGGACAGGAAAUUCCUGGACGUUCCGCAGCGUUGCCACCGGCACCUACCUCUCCAUCGAUGGUUCUGCCUCCGACGGUACCCGAAUUGUGGCGUCGACCACUCCCUUUGACUGGCACAUUUGGAGGGACGAACAGGACGAGAACACCUUCAGAAUUUUCGUCCCAAACACCCACCAGAACCUCGAUCUGUACGCCAGAGGCAACCCCUCGUCCGGAAACCCCGUCACACUUUGGUAUACCUGGAAUGGCCUCCAUCAGACGUGGAAGUUCACUCAAGUCUAA